UAUGGUUACAUGCAAAUUGUCAUAUGUGAUUACUAUGGAUCGAAGUUACUACUAAAUACUACUGUUGUGUCAGGUGUUAUUGUCUAAUUAACGAUGGUUUCUCGCAAUAGAGCAACCCUGUGUAUUGUGCCAAAUUGUAAUUCACCCCUUACUACCCCAAAACACAAAAUUCCAACAACUAAAUGGAUACGAAAGAAAUGGAUAGCAGCUCUUGGAUUUACGGAUGUAUUAGCACAAUCAAAUAUUGAUAAAUAUGGAGUUUGUCAGGAUCAUUUCCUAAAAUCGGAUUAUUCGGAAACGUCCAACAGAAGAACAUUGAUAACCAAUCGAGUUCCUAGUAUCAAUAUGCCUUCUGUGAUCCAAAAUCCUCAAAACAUCUCAGACAGGCCGAGUGACCCGAGUGGAUCGAACAUGCAGCUAGGGGAUAUCGUUGCAGAGGCCUUGAGCGGUUGGACCAUGGACGACAGUGAGAGUUUGAAUAUCGGAGAUUUAGGGGCUCCAAUAAUCAGUGACCAAUCGACUCCAUCCAAGACAGAGGAAGAGGUAGUUCCUGACCUUGGAAGUGAACUGAUCAAGGCAAGAGAGACAAUUGUAGAGUUGUCUGCAUCAAUUGCAAAAAAAGACAAGCUUCAUAAGUGUUUGCAGAAGAAACAAAAACAAACGCAACAAAACUACAGUGACCCAGGGCAUUUUUAUGAACUUGCAGUUGGUUAAUGUCGGGAGGAAACUGAAGCCUAUACGGAACGAGACAGGAGGAGAAGAACAAACGAUUGACUCAUGGGGAAGAAGAUACACUCGAGCUGCCAAAUUGAUGGCAGUGAACUUGAUUGAUCGAUUGAUCUCAUCCAGAUUUAUUCUUCCCCAACGUACAACACUUGGUAUUGUGCUUCAACAAAUACCAUAUUCAACUGGGCCCACUGAGAUAGUCUUUAAAAAGCUCGGAGAAAUCAGUAGCCAAAUGUCAGAGAAAGAAAAAUAUGCUUUCGUCGUCUGGGAUGAAAUGAAAUUGACAUUAAACGCUCAAUAUAAUCAAUUUAAGGAUUUAAUUGUUGGAUUUGAGGAUUGGGGAUUCCUCCGCACAUCUCAUUUCGCUGAUCACGCCCUGGUUUUCAUAUUAAGGGGAAUGAAUAGUGGAUGGAAAAUCCCGAUUUUUUUUGGCUUUUGUGAUUCGGCAACUAGAACUGAAAAUCUAUGUCGAUGCCUUGAAAUUCUCGUUGGAAAAGUGGAAGAAACAAGAUUCCAUGUUGUUGCCACGGUUUGCGACUAGAUGAGUAGUAAUCUCGCGACAAUUAAAAAAUUCAUCGAGGCUAGACAUGAGAAACGCGAAAAUAAUAACUUGAGUCCAGCUGAUGAUAUUAUAGAAAUUGGAGGUCUUGAAUUAAUUCCAGUCAUAUGUCCUUCUCACGGCGUGAAAGGCACAAGAAACAAUUUCAUUAAUAAACACUUGGAAUUCAAUGCCAGCAGAGGUAUGGAAGAGGAAAAGCCAUUAGAAGAUCGUCAAUUUGCUAAAUGGGAGAUCAUUGAAAAAGCUUGGAAAAUCGAUACCACGUCGAAUACAACUAAAAAUGUACUGAAUAAGCUCACAGAUGCUCAUAUAGUUGAGGAUAAGAUGAAGAAGAUGCGAGUGAAGAAUGCUGUCCAGGUGCUUAGCAAGAGUGUUGGCGACUUCAUUAUGUAUCUUACGAAGAUUGAUGGUGGUGUGGAGACUCGUGGAGGACGUACCAGAGAAAGAAGGAAGAGAUACAGCCGAAGUCCUCUAUUUCUUUAACGAUCUCUUUGAUAGCGUGAAUGGAUAUCUAGAAACGGAUUCAAAAGCAUCAUUGAGAUGUAUGGUGACGGCAACAAGUGCUCAUCAUGAAUUUUGGAGAGGAGCUCUUAUCGUAUUGGAGAGAAUGCAAUUCGUUGAUCCGGUGUCAUUGAAGUGCAAGUUCGUACCGACCCUGAACAGUUGGCUUCUAAUAAUCAAGGGAUUUCAGAAGUUGUGGA